CCUCCUUCGGCCAGGUGUCGUCUCCCACCCUUGGUGUGUACCAGAUGCAGAUGGGUCGGCUAAAUCUCGAGGUGUCGACUGGAGACAUCACCAAGGAGGCCUGUGACGCCAUCAUCAACUCCUCCAAUCAGGAAUUUACCCUUAAAUCAGGAGUGUCGAAGGCGAUCUUGGACUCCGCUGGAUUAACAGUUCAGUUGGAGUGCUCACAGAUCGUGAGUUCUCCGGGUUACCAGCCCGGUAUGUUCAUCAUGACGUCGGCCGGCCUGCUGCCCAGCAGACACAUCAUCCACGUCGUGGGCCAGAACGAUCCUGCAAACAUCAGGGACCUGGUCUACUCGGUGCUGAAGUACUGCGAGGAGAACAGGCUCAGCUCGGUCUCCUUCCCAGCUCUGGGAACAGGUCAGGGAGGGGUCAACCCGUCGGCGGUGGCGGACAGCAUGGUGGGAGCCGUGGUGGACUUUGUGAGGAAGAAGCACCCGAAGUUUGUUUGCAGCGUGAAGAUCCUGAUCUUCCAGACGGUCAUGAUGAGGGAGUUUCACAAGAGCAUGAUGAAGAGAGAGGGGGAGGAGCUGGAGGAGAAGAGCACCUUCGCCAAGAUCAAAGACACUGUCACGUCGUUCUUCCGGGGACUCGGGGACGAGCGACCCGCUACCGAAGGCCCGGUUCUGGAGAGAGAGGAGUUUGAACCCACGGUGUUUCAGCUGUGUGCCGACAACGACAAGGCCGUGAGUCAGGCUAAGGAAAGGAUCCAGGAUCUGAUUGUGGCCGAGCAGGCGGAGAGAACCAUCACAGACCAGUACAUCGGGAAGCUGUCGCAGGCCGACAUGGACCAGCUGAGGGCCCUGCAGAGGAAACUGACAGUCAGCAUCUGUCUGAACCGAGGGCUGGAGGACCAGGAGCCCAACAUCCUCCUGGAGGGUCUGACCAGAGACGUCUACACCGCCGAGUCUGCAGUCAGGGAAAUCAUCCACAAGGUGGAGAGGUCGGAGAACUUGAGGACCAAAGCCCUGCUGCUGAGCGGACUGGUGGAGUGGCAGUACCAAGACCAAAGUGGGGCGAUGACGUCCUUCGACAUUUACACCAACCUGGAGCUGGAGGAGGCUCUGGAGAAGAAACAGAAGAGCGUCAAGAUCAAGAUCAACAAUGAAAUGUACAUCGCUCAAAUCAGGUGCAGAAAGGCAGCGCCGGUGAACGGGCGUAAAGAGGUGGAGCUUCUGAGAAAAGAGGGGAAAGGUGAGUAAAGGAGCGCUACAGGAUACACCACCAUGUUUCUACAUGAACAUGUUCAACGAGCACGAUGAAAACUAAAUCAGUAGACCUUCUGAGGACCUACAUCUCGGUUGAGUUGAGUCUCAAAGUAAACGUUCAAACUAUCGUCAAAUUUUUGUGUUUUUUAAUGUCAUUAUAACAGAUAGCACCAUGUUCGUUUUCAUCUAUCACAUCAGUAAAAACAUGUUUGACCUCCUUUGUUUUCAGGUUCAAGUCAAAUCUGCUUCACAUCAUUCACAGCUUAUGAGAUCCACUUUAAAUUACUUUGAAGUUCACACACAAAGUUAAAGCUGUACAACAGAGAUAUGACACAUUACAUACAUUUAAUAUUUUUACUGUUGUUUUUAUUCUUAUGUUGUAAUUUACUUUUUCUAUUUUAGCUGAAUUCAUUUAACUACUUUGAUCUUACUCUUAUUGCUUCUCUAUUUUAACCAGGUGUCGGUAUUUCUUCUUAUACACUUAAUAUUUAUCACUCACUGCUAUUGUACGUACCUACUAUUGUAUGUACUAUUAUAUAUGUAGCGUACUAUUAUAUA